AUCGCCUUUCACCUUAUUAAUCUCAUCUUUCUGAGAUCAUUCGAACAAAGGUGACAAAUUGAAACUCGUACAAUCUGGGAAAUCAAAACCCAUUUUAAUCGGACAUCAUCGGAUUUCCCUACCUAAAAAUGGGGGACGCUUAUUGCUCCGAUUGCAAAAGGGCAACAGAGGUUGUUUUCGAUCAUUCUGCCGGCGACACAGUUUGUUCCGAGUGCGGUUUGGUCUUGGAAUCCCACUCCAUCGAUGAAACAUCCGAGUGGCGUACAUUCGCAAACGAGUCCGGUGAUAAUGACCCAGUCCGAGUUGGUGGCCCUACAAAUCCACUCCUCACCGACGGUGGACUCUCCACCGUUAUCGCCAAACCAAACGGCGUUACCUCCGAUUUUCUAUCAUCCUCCCUUGGUAGAUGGCAGAAUCGAGGCAAUAAUCCCGAUCGAUCCCUUAUCCUGGCAUUCAAGACCAUUGCUACUAUGUCUGACAGAUUGGGCCUUGUUGCUACCAUAAAGGAUCGGGCAAAUGAGAUAUUUAAGAAAGUAGAAGAUCAAAAGUCUAGUAGAGGAAGGAACCAGGAUGCAAUACUGGCUGCAUGCCUCUACAUAGCUUGCCGUCAAGAAGACAAGCCACGAACUGUAAAAGAAAUUUGCUCUGUUGCAAAUGGAGCGACAAAGAAGGAAAUUGGUCGAGCAAAAGAAUACAUAGUGAAACAGCUAGAGCUUGAGAUGGGCCAAUCUGUGGAGAUGGGUACCAUACAUGCUGGGGACUUUAUGAGACGAUUUUGCUCAAACCUUGGCAUGAACAACCAAGCAGUGAAAGCUGCCCAAGAAGCUGUUCAAAAAUCAGAAGAGUUUGAUAUCAGGAGGAGUCCAAUAUCAAUUGCAGCAGCUGUCAUUUACAUUAUAACACAACUCUCAGAUGAUAAGAAGCCUCUUAAAGAUGUUUCAAUUGCGACGGGAGUGGCUGAGGGGACAAUCAGAAAUUCAUACAAGGAUCUUUAUCCACAUAUAUCAAAGAUAAUACCAAGUUGGUAUGCUAAGGAGGAGGAUCUCAAGAACCUAAACAGCCCAUAGAGAGAUCGUAAGAUAUUUGAAAAUCAUCAGAUUUUCUGUAAGUGUUGUUCAAUUCGUCGGAAGAGCUUUUAUUUGUAAUAGUUUUGGAGCUUUUUUCUAGUUGAAUAUUGUUGUUGAGAUAUGAUGAGGGCAGCAUCACCUAAUGUUGUUCCUUUUUGUUACUCUUAAGAGUAAGAGGUUAGUUUGAAGCUACCCUUCCUUUCCCACUUAACUUUAAAACACUAAUAUAAGAAUGCAAAUUUACAGUCAAAUUGCACUCCUUUUAGUUUUGUA